GGGCCAUGGCGGCGCUCGGCGCGGUGCUCUUGCUGCUGCUGGAAGCGGCGUCCUGGCCGCGCGCCGGGGCCUCGGGCGAGGAGUUCUGGCCCGGACAGUCGGCGGCCGACAUCCUGGCGGGGGCGGCGUCCCGCAGACGGUAUCUCCUGUACGACGUCAACCCCCCGGAGGGCUUCAACCUCCGCAGGGAUGUCUACAUCCGCGUCGCCUCCCUCCUGAAGACGCUGCUGCAGACCGAGGAGUGGGUGCUGGUGCUGCCCCCCUGGGGCCGCCUCUAUCACUGGCAGAGCCCCGACAUCCACCAAGUCCGGAUUCCCUGGUCCGACUUUUUUGACCUUCCGAGUCUCAAUAGGAACAUCCCGGUGAUCGAGUACGAGCAGUUCAUUGCAGAGUCCGGCGGGCCCUUCAUCGACCAGGUUUACGUCCUGCAAAGUUACGCAGAAGGAUGGAAAGAGGGGACCUGGGAGGAGAAGAUCGACGAGCGGCCCUGCAUCGACCCGCUGCUCUACGCCCCGGACAAGCACGAGUACUACAGAGGGUGGUUUUGGGGUUAUGAAGAAACGAGAGCUUUAAACGUCUCCUGUUUGUCCGUUCAAGGAUCGGCUUCCAUCAUGGCCCCUGUGCUUCUGAGAAACACGUCGGCGCGGUCGGUGAUGUUGGACAGAGCCGAGAACCUGCUGCACGACCACUACGGGGGCAGGGAGUACUGGAACACCCGGCGGAGCAUGGUGUUUGCCAGGCACCUGCGGGCCGUGGGCGACGAGUUCAGGAGCCGGUAUCUGAACUCCACGGACGAGGCCGACCGGAUCCCCUUCCAGGAGGACUGGACCAAGAUGAAGGUCCCCCUGGGCUCCUCGCUGGGGGGCCCGUACCUCGCAGUUCACCUGAGGAGGAAGGACUUCAUCUGGGGCCACAGAGAGGACGUGCCCAGUCUGGACGGGGCCGUGAGGAAGAUCCGCAGCCUCAUGAAGACCCACCGGCUGGACAAGGUGUUCGUGGCCACCGACGCCGUCAGGACGGAACAUGAGGAGCUGAAGAAGCUGUUGCCGGAGAUGCUGAGGUUCGAGCCCACGUGGGAGGAGCUGGAGCUCUACAGAGACGGCGGCGUGGCCAUCAUCGACCAGUGGAUCUGCUCGCACGCCAGGUUCUUCAUCGGUACCUCCGUGUCCACAUUUUCUUUCCGGAUCCACGAGGAGCGAGAGAUCCUUGGGCUCGACCCCCGGACGACGUACAACCGCUUCUGCGGGGACCGGGAGGAAGUGUGCGAGCAGCCCACGCACUGGAGGGUGGCCUACUGAGCCGGCCGGCCCCUCGUGGGCGCCACGUCCCGGUCUCCCUCCGAGCACCUGUGUGGCCUCGGGGUCGCUCCUGCCCGGCCGUGGCCAGGCGGCCACAGCACGCGCCCAUCCCGGGGUUCGCACCGCCGUGGCUGCCCGGGGUCCUGGUGCGCGGCACGUUGGGUGUCAGAGGGUGUCUGCUGCCUGCAAGGCCGCGGUGACAUGAGGGGUGCGGGCUCUGUCGCAGGGGCGCCGUGGUGCGGGCCCGUCUGUGGUCCUGCCGGGGCGUCCGGUGCUGCCCCGUUCGCCCUCCCGUGACCCGUGCGAGGCCCAGCACGUUGGCGGGAAGGUGGCCCCCGCCCUGCGGACGCCGGGCUGACCCCGUGGGGCUCAGUGUGCAGGAGGUUCCCUGGGUCUUCGGGGGGUUUGGCUCGCGGAGAGGAGCUCCCGCUGGCGGCGGCGGUGCGGGUGGGCGGGCACCCCGGGCCCUGCCCCUCGGGGGGCGCCGGGCCGAGGGGGCACGGGGCUGAGGGGCGCGGCAUGCAGCCUCGGAGGGGCCGAGGGGCGCGCUGCCCAGAAAGCCCUCGUGGGCCUGGAGCGCGGACCACCCGCCCUCGGACCCACGCCCGGCUUCACGGGCGCCCCAGGUGACCCGAAGCCCGGGGCGGCUUGUGUCUUCCCGAGUGUGGAGCCCACGCGGAUCGCGCGCUGCGGUCCUGGGGGGAGUGAGGUAUUUAUUCUGUGCCCAUUUGUACUUUGAAACACUAAUAAAAUACGUUUUCUAAGAAACCAGAA